AUGGGGGUGCGGGAAGGCCCAGCGCUGGAGGACUAUCACCCCGCGGAGCUGUACCGCGCGCUCGCCGUGUCGGGGGGCACCCUGCCCCGCCGGAAGGGCUCAGGAUUCCGCUGGAAGAGCCUCAGCCAGAGCCCCGAACAGCAGCGGAAAGUGUUGACCUUGGAGAAGGAGGAAAACCAGACGUUUGGCUUUGAGAUCCAGACCUACGGUCUCCACCACCGGGAGGAGCAGCGUGUGGAGAUGGUGACUUUCGUCUGCCGUGUUCACGAGUCCAGCCCUGCCCAGCUAGCUGGGCUCACACCAGGGGACACCAUUGCCAGUGUCAACGGCCUGAAUGUGGAGGGCAUUCGGCACCGGGAGAUCGUCGACAUCAUUAAGGCUUCCGGCAACGUGCUCAGACUGGAAACUCUGUAUGGGACGUCCAUCCGGAAGGCCGAGCUGGAGGCGCGGCUGCAGUACCUGAAGCAAACCCUGUAUGAGAAGUGGGGAGAAUAUAGGUCCCUAAUGGUGCAGGAGCAGCGGCUGGUGCACGGCCUCGUGGUGAAGGACCCCAGCAUCUACGACACGCUGGAGUCGGUGCGCUCCUCCCUGUACGGGGCGGGCCUGCUCCCCGGCUCGCUGCCCUUCGGGCCCCUUCUCGCCGCCUGGACUGAGGCCCGCGAGCAGGCCCUGUGCGCCCCCGGGCUGCGCAAGACCAAGUACCGCAGCUUCCGCCGGCGGCUGCUCAAGUUCAUCCCCGGACUCAACCGCUCCCUGGAGGAGGAGGAGAGCCAGCUGUAGGGGCGGGCCGGGCCGGAGCUAUUUAUUUAUUUAUUCUUUGCACCAGUGCGGACAAAGGGGUGGGGCCGGGCCUAGGGGACCCCAGGAGCCCAGAGCAGCGGGAGAGGGUCCUUGGUUCUUGGCUGAGCCUUGAACCCAGGUCCCAGCGCCCUUUACGCCCGCCGCCUCCCCUAACUCUCAGUGGGAGGGCGCAGGCAGAGCCCGAAGAGCUGGGGCCGGAGAGGUUGGGAGACCACGCGUGGGACAUUCCCUCCUACAUCGGGGUCCGUAGUGCCUUGUGGGGUGUCCAGCAAAACUCCCCCUCGGAGGGACCCGGUGCCACGAAGCCCUCCCCUCAGCUUUACUGUUUUCCACCCUUGGCCUGGGGGAGAAAUGGCCUGUGGUGGGUGUUUCCCCGCACCCCACACGCUGACCCGGUUCCAGUUAACCAGCAGGCCUCUGGGGGGUGCUCAGGUGCCGGCCCCUCCCCCUCCUGGCCUUGACCCCCAAGGGCUUGGCCCCUCCUGGGGCCUGUAACUAAGUUGGGUCUGCUGGGCAGGGGUCCUGGGGUCGAGCCCUUCGGGCGUCAGGAAUGUGGCCUCCAGGCGCGGGGCAGCGGGACUGUUGCUCCCUCCGCCUGUCCUUGCUUUCUGAACCACCAUCUGUAUAAAAU